CUCUGGCUUUCCAUGCUCAGUUUACAGAGUCAGUAGCCAAAUGAGGAUAAAAGAUAGACUUGAUCUAGAGAGUGUAUAUGAAGUUUUCUAUUUCAAUGUUUGGGUUUUCAAUGCAUGCUUCUCUUAUUUUUAAAUCUAAUUGCUUGUAAAGUAGGAAAUUUUUAAAAAGUAGGGUAUUUUCAGCUAUUAGAAGGGGAUUAGGAAAGCUUUAUGCAACUCAUUAUUAAUAUCAAUUUUAACAGAGUAUCUCUGAGAGUCUUCCAGAGAAGUAUGUUGAUCAUUUAUCUGGAGCUGCAGGUCAAAGAGGAAAAAAUAUAUUAAAUGGACAAGUAGAAGAUGUGCCUUAUAUACCUUCUUGCAUGAUUGGAUCGAGAAACUUUAAGAUGACUAAACUAGAGGAUCCAAGAAAUGUAGGCAUACCAGUAGCCCACAUGGAUUCUCCUGAAAAAUAUCCUCACUUGAAGCCUGCAGUUGGAGUGAAAGAUUCUGUUCCUAAUAAAGCAGUAGGAAUGAAGGAUUUACAAACAUCCAGAUCAGAUUUGUCAGCAGAACUAGACUUAGAAAUAACAUCGGAGGAAGCACAAGAAAGGCUUGAUGGAAGUGAAAAUAACCACUCACAGGAUAAAGUUAUUUUACAAACAUGUACCCUGACAGAAAAGACAUCUGAAAAUCAAAUCAAGCCAAUUGAUCUUCUGCUUUUGCAUCUGCAAAAAAUGCCUCAAGAACCAGAAAUGAAUAAGGAAUGUGAUAGAGAGGACAUAUCUGUAUGUUCAGGACUUCCUUGUGUACAAAAGCAUGAGGAAAUGUGGAUCAAACAAGGCAAAUUAGGGUGGAAAAAUAACUUCAAACACAUCACAAAUAAGUUAAAGUGGAAGUUUGGUGGAACUUUUGAAAAAUACAAAAUUACUGUUUGUCCUGAGGAAGAGCCACUACAUGAUGACCCUAAAGAAGGAGCAAACAUAAAGGAAAUACCUUCUAAUUUGACAAAUAAUAUACCUGACUGUGAGGCAAAAGUUGCAUUUAGAGUAUCUGUCUCUCUAGCAUUCCAAGCAUUUCCUGAACAAAAAGAACCCAGUCUUGAAAAUGUUUUUCCAUCUUAUUUAACCUCUGGGUCUUGGGGACAUGCUUGCCCAUCAUCUUCACAGCUUUAUUUAACUGAAGUUAAAUUAGACUAUGAAAGUGAUAAACUAGACACUGAACAUGUUUUUAACAAAAAUGAGGAGAGUUUUUAUAAUGAUACAGAAAAUAAAAAAGUAAGGGACCCAGUAGUUACAUUUGAAAUGCAAGAAGACCAAGAGUUUGAUAUGCAAAUGUUACAAAAUAUGAACCAAAAUACCACUAAUUGGAAAUUAGACAUCGGAUGUAUACCUCAGUCUAGUGAUCCCAAAAGACUUUUUGAUUUAUGGCUUGCCCGCUCCAAUGAAAUGAAACACAUGAUUCAAAUAAAAAGUCGUGAUAUUUUUGCUGUUACAAAUACUUGUAAGAAAACCAAACCAAUACAAGACUGGUUCCAGAAGCCAUUGCUUGCAGAUAAUUGCAGUGCUAAUAACUCUAAAAGCAUGCAACCUGAAUUAGAAAAUGGGAGUUCUUCUCCACUGAAUAGUAACAGAAGAUCCCAAGUGUAUCUAAAUGAAGAAUUACAGCAAAAUAUGCAAAAGCUUAAGAAUGAGAUAGCCAUGUUACAAGUAGAGUUCCUGGCUUUCAGACAACAGAAAAUUCAACUUCAAAAAGAGGUUGAAGAAGCAAAGAAGAAGCACAAAAGUAGUGAAAUGGAAGUAUCAGAAAACAUAUAUGAUGCUGAUGAUAGUGGAUUAAUUCAACAGAGAAAGAGCAGAAAAACUAAUAACCAACAGUUUCCUACCAUGGAGAAUGAAGAUUCUGAUAGCGGUCCUGGCGUGCACAUGAAGGAAGUAAAGAAAAAUGAAAAUGAAAAAUGGACAUCAAAAGAAUGUGUGAUUACACCAAUGUUUGAGAAGGCUGAUUCACUGAGUGGUGGUCUGCUACACAUGAAGGAUGACAGCAGUUCAAGUGGAGUAGAUCAGGAUGAUGGCAGGGCUACAAAGGAAACACCUAAUGAAAAGAACAAGGUCAAAGAGCAAAUUAAUUCUAUGGAUGACCUUGAUGACUUAACUCAGUCAUCUGAAACAGCUUUGGAGGAUUGCCAGAUGCUUUACUCUAAUUAUAAGAAUUCCAUGUUGCUAAUAGAACAACUUGGCAUGGAGUGUAAAGAUUCUGUUAGCUUAUUGAAAAUUCGGGAUGCAGUUCUUUCAUAUGAAAGAUUAAUAGAUCUUAAAAAAGAUCACUGUGAACUACUUACAGAAAAAAAUAAAAAAAUGGAAAGUAAGGUUACUGGGCUACAAAAGGAGCUAUCAGAAACAAAAGAAAUGAAAUCACAGUUAGAGCAUCAAAAAGUGGAGUGGGAACAAGAGCUCUGCAGCUUGAGAUUCACCCUAAAACAAGAAAAAAAGAAGAGAAGAAAUGCUGACAGGUUAUAUGAAAAAAUUAGGGAGCAGUUAAGAAGAAAAGAAGAGCAAUACAGUAAAGAAGUUGAAAUGAAACAACAACUUGAACUCACUCUCAGAGCACUAGACAUGGAACUGAGGACUGUGAGAAAUAAUCUGAAUCAGGUGUCCGAUAGUCCUGAAAAAGAAAAAGAUCUGUUACAUAAAAACCACAUGUUGCAAGAUGAAGUUGCCAUGCUAAGACUGGAAAUCGACACAAUAAAAUGUCAGAACCAGGAAAAAGAAAAGAAAUAUGUUGAGGACAUUGAAAUUGUAAAAGAAAAGAAUGAUGAUCUUCAAAACACAAUAAAACUGAAUGAGGAAACAUUAACAAAGACAAUAUUCCAAUAUACUGGACAGCUUAAUGUUCUGACAGCUGAGAAUACAAUGCUAGAUGCUAAGCUGGAGAAUGAAAAACAAAGCAAAGAAAGACUGGAAACAGAAGUGGAAUCCUACCAUUCUAGACUGGCUGCUAAGAUACAUGAUCACCAUCAAAGUCAGACAUCAAAAAGAGACCUGGAACUUGCCUUCCAGAGAGCAAGAGAUGAGUGGUUACGCUUGCAGGACAAAAUGAAUUUUGAUGUGUCUAACCUGAAAGAUAACAAUGAGAUGCUUUCCCAGCAACUUUCUAAAGCUGAAAGUAAAUUCAGUAGCCUAAAAACCAAGUUCCAUCACACGAGGGAUGCUCUCAGAGAAAAGACUUUGGUGUUAGAACGUGUACAGAGAGACCUAAGCCAAGCACAGUGUCAAAAGAAGGAACUUGAACACAUGUAUCAAAGCGAACAAGGCAAAGUGAAUAAAUACAUUGGAAAGCAGGAAUCCUUAGAAGAGAGAUUAUCUCAACUCCAGAGUGAAAACAUAUUGCUCAGACAGCAACUGGAUGAUGCGCAAAACAAAGCUGACAGUAGAGAGAAGACAGUAAUUAACAUCCAAGACCAGUUUCAGGAGAUUGUGAAAACACUUCAAGCUGAAAGUGAAAAACAAGGUCUGAUGCUGGAGGAAAGGAACAAGGAGUUAAUCAAUGAAUGUAAUCAUUUAAAAGAGAGAAUGUAUCAGUAUGAAAAUGAGAAAACAGAAAGAGAAGCACUUGUGAGACAACUUCAACAAGAACUGGCUGAUACCCUAAUAAAGCAAUCUAUGUCAGAGGCUUCACUGGAGGCCACGUCACGUUAUCGUACUAAUUUAGAAGAUGAGGCACAGGAUUUAAAGAAAAAAUUACGUCAAGUCACAAGUCAGUUGCAAGAAGCACAGGAUCGACGUACAGAGGCCAUGAGAUGUGCUGAGAAGACGCAGGAUCACAUCCAAAAGCUUGAAAUUGAAAAUGCCAAGUUAAAAGCUACAGUCAAGAAGCAAGCGGACAAAAUUGAAGAGCUUCAGAAAAACCUGUUAAGUACAAGUUCAGAUGAAAAGGAGCAAUUAAAGAAAUAUAUUGAGUUAAAACAGUCUCUGGAAUAUAGUUUGGAUCCAGAAAUGAAGAAAAAUAGUGAAUUAGAAAAAGAGUUUACUGGACUUAAGAAACUCUUAAAAAUGGCAAGAAGGAAGUUAAAUGAAUAUGAAAAUGGAGAGCUUAGUUUCCAUGGAGAUUUAAAGACCAGUCAAAGUGAAAUGGAUAUUCAGAUUAAUAUGCUAAAACAUAAGAUUGAUGACCUUACAGCAGAACUGGAAACUGAAUCUUCAAAAUGUCUACAUCUGGGUGCAAAAAAUCAAGUUCUUCAACGGGCGUUAUUAUCUAUAAAAGUAAUGCAAAAGAAAUGUGAAAAACUAGAGAAGAAUAAAAAGAAGUUGGAACAAGAAGCAGUGAACCUCAGAAGUCAUAUAGAAAUGAAUAUGAUAGAACACAGUCAAGUAGAGCAGUAUAAACGGGAGGUUGAAGAAAGAGCAAGACAGGAUAUAAUAGAAAAAUUAAAAGAAGUCAACCUAUUUUUACAGACACAAGCAGCAUCUCAAGAAAACUUAGAGCAGUUAAGAGAGAAUCAUAAUGCUUCAAUAAGAAGUCCAAUGGAACUGAGAAUUAAAGAUCUGGAAUCUGAACUCUCCAAAAUGAAAACUUUUCAAGAAGAUUCUACUAAAGCAGAGUUGGAAAAAUAUAAGCAACUCUACCUCGAAGAACUAAAAGUUAGAAAGUCAUUGGCAAAUAAACGAAACAAGACUAAUGAGAGGCUGGAAGAGGUCAGUACCAAACUGCUGGUGGAGAAACAGCAGAACAGAUCUUUACUCAGCACUCUUACUACGAGGCCAGUCCUGAAGCCACCUUGUGUAGGAAAUAUUAAUAAUCGUUUAGUGCUCAAUAGAUAUCUUACUCCAGGAGAAAACUUAGAGAUUUCUACCUCAAGUUCACGCCCUUCACAUGAGAGCAUGGAGAUGUACUUGACCAAGAUGUGGCAGGAGAUGGAAAAAAAUAUAACUAGAGUACUAGAAAAAGCUGCUGCUGUUGAAUCAGCAUGCUAUAGAGCUUCUCAUCUAGGAGCUACUGAUGAGUCAAAUCUAAAUCAAGAUCUAGUUUUGAAAACAUCACGAGAAUAUGUACAGAUUUUGAAGAAAGAUUAUAUGAUCUAAAAGAUAAAUAGUAAAAAUUUCCCUCCUGGGUUGUUUGCAUAACAUUUUAGUUGUUUCCCAUUAAACAUGACGUGAAAAUCUGGAUUAAAGGAAAAUAUUCUUGUAUUAUAUGUGUAUGAUGAAAAUGUAUAUACUAUUUUAAACCAUGUUUCUCUGCAUCUAACUUACUUUUAAUCAGAUUUUGUGAAUCAAAACACUGUUGAGUUUUACAUACUCAAACUGAGCCCUGAUACCAGCACCCAGACAACCAAACUUGUCAUUGAUAUAUAGUGGUGUUGAUUGAUAGCUUUUUUCUAUUUCCAAUUUUAUCACUAUAUAUAGACCUAAAGAUUUAGACAGACAUCAUUUGGAUAUACUGCUGCUAUGGCUAUUGUCAAUGUUUUGGGGUUUUUCUUAAUAUUAUUUAUUUUUGAGUGUGUUGGGUCUUCGUUGCUGCAUGCGGACUUUCUCUAGUUGCGGCGAGCGGGGGCUACAGGCUUCUCAUCGUGGUGGCUUCUCUUGUUGCGGAGCCUGGGCUCUAGGCGCGCGGGCUUCAGUAGUUGUGGCAUGCGGGCUCUAGAGCACAGGCUCAGUAGUCGUGGCGCACAGGCUUAGUUGCUCCAUGGCAUGUGGGAUCUUCCCGGACCAGGGUGAACCUGUG